UUCGCUCAUUCCACCUUCCCUGUCUCUCUAAAUUCAGGAGCGCGCUUUGCUCACCUCUCUCUCUCUCUCUCUCUCUAAAAUCACUAGUUCGUGAGUUCUUCGAUUGGCGAUCUCGAUCGAAUCCGGUAAAAAGUAAGGUUGGAUCAGACCUCGGAUUCUAUAAGCAGGUUGUUGGACAAACAAUUACCUGAAUUCUGCCCUUGAUUUGACAAGAUGGUUUCUCUUGAGAUGAAUGACCGUAAAAAAAUUGGGUUAGGACUGACAGGGUUCGGGAUAUUUUUCUCAUUCCUGGGCAUUGUAAUGUUCUUUGAUAAGGGGUUUCUGGCCAUUGGAAAUAUCCUCUUCCUGUCUGGAGUGAUGUUAACCAUUGGCCUGAAAUCUAGUAUGCAGUUCUUCACUAAGCCGAAGAACUACAAGGGUACAGUCGCUUUUGGAGCUGGUUUUCUUUCUGUCCUGAUUGGGUGGCCUGUUAUUGGCAUGAUCUUGGAGGGUUAUGGUUUUGUUGUUCUCUUCAGUGGCUUCUGGCCUACUCUUGCUGUGUUCUUGCAGAGGCUUCCGGUUCUGGGUUGGCUAUUUCAACAGCCAUUUGUAACAUCGUUCUUCGAUCGUUAUAGAGGCAAAAGAGUGCCCGUGUAAAAAUCUCCAAGUUGUUGUGAUGCACAUCAAGCAUAGAACCAUAGAGACAUGCUCGGUACGCAAAAACAAGAAAAGGAAAGGAAAGGAGAAAAAACUUGUAAUAUAGCAGCCAAAUUUGGCCCUCAAGACCGUCUGAUUCAUUACACUGAUGACCUUCUGUUAUAUGUUGUUUUUUCUUUGUUUUUUGCUGGCGAUGUUGAUGCCAAAUCCAGCCUAUUCUUUGUAACAUAGUUUCUGUGUGGGUUUGUUUUGUGCAUGUUGGCGAACUGACACAGCUUGAAGUAUCAGUUCAUUUUGAUGACUU